AUGGCGACUGGCAACUUCGCGUCCGACUACUCGGUUGAUAGCUCUGCUGGUCUGAGCUGCGAUGACUUCAACCUUUGGAACUACGAUGGGUCAUUGCCUCAUGUGGUGCCCAGAAACUCUUUCGGUAUGGAUCCAUCGAACAACAUACCGAAUGCCACAUUCGGAGAUCUCCAGAACGUGGGUAUGCAGGCUUCAGCGCUGCCGCAAAUUUCUUCGUCAUUUGAACCGGGCCCCUCGUUCUUUACGCGCAUGCAAGAACCGGACAUUCAGCCUCAUGGACCAGCCAUGCUUGAUGCAGUCCAGAUGAUCGAAGCCGAUCCUGACGUCGAAUUUGCUAGCCUAUUUGAUGACAAUACUCCCAACGCAACGACGGACGAAAUUCUUCGCGUCGUGUGUGACAAGAUAUUACCUUACCGUGCGAAGGACUUUCCACGACUGUUCCCUCCUGUAUACUUCUACGAACUUCUUCUUCAGAACGAAGAAGACCGUGAUGAAGUUAUUCCACUUGCCACGAGAUGCGUCAAAUGGUUUCUCAACAUGACCCCGGAGCAGGCCGACUCACGCAUCGCCGAGAUCCACGAGGUUCGCCGAGCCAUGAAAGCCAAGGGUCUAGACCAAGAGCCUCAGGCUCAUCCUGCGAAGAACACGAAGCGGUCGAGAAGCGCAAAGAAGGCAGCCAUCACGAGCCACCAGCACCCUGUCCUGGUCGCGGAGCUAGCCAAGAGUCCCAGGAUGGAGUAUCGCCCAAGUAUCCGAUCCAUGGAGGAGUAUCUCACCCUUUCGGAAGCUUAUGUCACCUACAUCAGGCAAAUGGAGUUGAACGAUGUUGCUGAGACGGACGAAACCUGGCCUUCCACCACAGCAAUGGAAAUUCAGUAUGUGAAGCAGGCUGCGCUCGCCAUCUUUGACACCACCGACUUUGCGGAGAAGACGGACGCCUUGAACAAUAAAGCGCACAUCGACAAACUCACAGCUGAACGACAGGGCGAGGCUGAUGGCGAGGCUGAUUCCGUUGGAAACAUCAAGAAGCGGAAGAGAGGCGCCGACGCGACUGACGCGGUCAAAAAGCUUCCGAAGUUGAACCCGUCUGAAAGUAUCCUCGCCGACCCCAACAGCUCUCCGGCUCGACUGUUGAAAGCUGUCCUCCGGUACGAAAUUACCGAUUUCGAAGUCGAAUUGCUAAGCUAG